UUAGCGGAGGGUGAGGAGAGGGAGGAGAGAGAGUGAGACCCUCUCCCCCUCUCACGAGUCUCUUUCCUUCCAAUCUUCAUAUUCUCUCCGCACUGCGCAACAGCAAAUGAAAUGAAUUUCUAAUACAUUUUCAACCCUCGCUUCUUCAUCUCUUGCAGCAGCAAUGCCGUCACGUGCACUUCCGUUUUCCGAUAUUCCCUCGGCGAUUGCGCCGCCGCCGGAGCCUCCGCUCCACCGCCCUCACCACCACCACCGCGCUCACGUGAACCUUAUCUCCCCCAUCGUAGCUGGAACUCUCACCCUUGCCUGCCUCAUUUUCCUCGUUGCUAUCUAUCGUAAGCUCUCCAAGAAACGCACGGCUCCCGCGGAUCUGAAGCCGCCGCACCGGUUCUCGUACGCGCUGCUCCGCCGAGCCACGGCGUCGUUCUCCGCGGCCAACCGCAUCGGACAGGGCGGAUUCGGCUCGGUUUACAAGGGAACGCUUCCGUCCGGGCAAGACAUCGCCGUCAAGCUCAUGGACGCUGCUGGUUCUCUGCAGGGAGAGCGGGAGUACCACAAUGAACUGUCUCUCGCUUCGAAGAUCGAAUGCCGAGACGACGUGGUAUCUAUUCUUGGCUUCUCCUCUGAUAAGCGUAGCCGGCGGGGGAGGAGGCUGUUGCUCGUCUACGAGUAUAUGCAAAACGGCAGUCUCCAAGACGCUUUGUUGGAUCGCAAGUGUCCGGAGCUGAUGGAUUGGAAGAAGAGAUUUGCAAUCGCCACGAACAUUGCGAGAGCCAUUCAGUACCUUCACUGUUCGUGUACUCCGCCGAUAGUUCACGGCGAUAUCAAGCCCUCAAAUGUUCUAUUGGAUGCGCAUUUCAACGCGAAGAUUGCGGACUUUGGCCUAGCUCGAGUGGUCACGGAAGAUGAAAUUGUCGACACGCAUCUAGAACACUGUGAAGAGGGAGCGAAAAGAGGAAAUGCGGACGAAAAUGGAUCUAUACUUGAGGAGACGGAGAGUGUAUUAACGGAGGAAGUGGCGGUCACUGUGGAUCAGUCGCCGGAGAGUUGUGUUAGGAUUUUGGAUGCCGAUGGGGAGGUGUUGUCGCCGGAGAUGGGGGCAGCGGAGGCUUCGCCGUCUGAGGCUUUGGACAAGGCCAGUGUCUCAGAGUGUUGUUUUGAGAAUGUUGACAUUGGCAAUAGGAAGGGUGUUGGGAGGAAGAAAAGGCGGGCAGAUUGGUGGUGGAAGCAGGACGGCGGCUCGGAGUCGGGGAGAGUUAAGGAUUAUGUGAUGGAGUGGAUCGGGAGUGAGAUAAAGAAGGAGAGACCCAAUGGCGAGUGGAUUGCGGAGGACGGCAGUACAGUUAAGGGGAAAGUAAAAACAGAGCAAAAGAAGCGCAGGAAGAAGUUAGAAUGGUGGGCUUCAUUGGACGAGGAAAGAAUUCAGAGGCAGAAGAGGAAUCGGAAGCCGAAGGAAUGGUGGAAGGAGGAAUUUUGUGAAGAACUAUCGAAGAAGAAGAAGAAAAGGGAGCUGAAAUCUACUAGUAAUGGUGGCGGCGGUGGCGAAUUCUGGUGGCAGAGAGACACGGACUUAAGGCCUGAGAUAAAGAAGGGGAAGAGCAGGGGUAGUAGGGGAAGCAUAGAUUGGUGGUUGGAUGGGCUCAGUGGGGAGUUUAGAAGUGGCAGGAGAAACAGUCAAGAUUGGGCCAGUGGAGAAAUCCCCAAGAGUGGAGGUGUUAGUAGUACUCCUAGUAUGAGAGGAACUGUUUGUUAUAUUGCCCCUGAAUAUGGUGGUGGUGGGCAGCUCUCUGAGAAAUGUGAUGUGUACAGUUAUGGCGUUCUCUUACUGGUUCUGGUUUCAGGGCGAAGACCGCUGCAAGUGACAGCCUCGCCAAUUUCAGAAUUCGAGAGGGCAAAUCUUAUUUCGUGGGCUCGUCAACUCGCCCGCAAUGGCAAGCUUUUGGAUCUGCUAGACCCUUGUAUCCAGUCGGUGGAUCGUGAUCAGGCACUGCUGUGCAUCACUAUUGCACUCCUGUGUCUGCAGAGAUCACCAAGCAAGCGGCCGGCCAUGAAGGAUAUUGUGGAGAUGCUUCUGGGUGAGGCUGAGCCACCCCAUUUGCCAUUCGAGUUUUCUCCAUCACCACCGUCGAAUUUCCCAUUCAAAUCUAGGAAAAAACUUGGGGAAUUUUCAACAUCAAAUUAUAAAUUGAGAUCUAAGACAGUGCUGCUACUUGGUUGGAUGUAAACGUAAUAUGAGUUUAUAAUGUAAGACUUUUUGGCACUCUUAUUUUGGCUGUCACUUUGUAUAUAUCACAUUGCUUUCCAGGUGAUGAUUGCAGAAGCAUGAGGCUUUCAUCCCCUUGCACAUUAUAAACAUGGAGGAUCUGAACAAACAAAAGUCUAUUUGAGUGUACUGCUAUCUCAUGACAUUGUAGCCUAAGUUCUAAAUUUAACUUUUUAAGCAAAAGUAUGAUGUUUAACCUUUGAUUUAGAUUCUCAAACGAUACUUCUAAUGACAUGAAAUGAUGCUUGGAUAGGAGCAAAUUUCCCACUGAUAACUUAUAUGGGAAAUAAUAAAUGCUGUUGAUGUAAUUGGAAAAUGAAUAUUUCCUCAUUAUCUCACUAGUGCUAUAUAUAUAAAUAACAGACUUUUCAACCUUCACUACAGAUCUAGAUGCUUCUCAAUUUUUGUUGAAUUGUGCUUGAUUCUGCAAAGAAAGGGUAGUCUUGUGGGAAUAGAAUAUCUAUAUAUUA